GGGACUAUGCUCACUAUGCUUGCUAACAUGGCGGCGUGCAAGUGAGCGAUGUCCGUCGUUUCGCGUUGAAGAAACGAUACGUUGAUUUUAUUUAUUCUUUUGUUGCCCACCAGUACUGUAUUGCUAUGCCAAAAGUAGUCUCCAGAAGCAUCGUUUGUUCUGAUACGAAGGAUCAAGAGGAGUAUAAUGAAGAGAAGCCGCUUAAUGUUUAUUACUGCAUCUGUGGUAGUAUGGCGAUGAUUCUUGACUGUGCAAUCGAGAAGCUACCCUUGCGACCCAGGGAUGGAGCCAGGGUCAUCGAUGGUGCCAAGCAUGCUCACAAGUUGUCAUUCAGCCCUGAUGAAGUGGUCCACAUUAAGAGGCCUGAAGGAAUUGAGAGGCAGCACCGGAAGAAAUGCAGAAAAUGUGACCUGCUGCUCUUCUACCAGCACGACCCUUCAAGCAAUGUGACCUUUGUGGUCAAGGGUGCCGUGUAUCGGGCGGGAGAGGGACCCCUCAAGGCUGGCGUGCUUCUGCAAGCGGCCGUGGAACCCAAGAAGAUCAUGGUGACCAAGCACACCAAGAACAUGGGCAAGUUCAGUUCCGUCACUGUCUCGACCAUCGACGAGGAAGAAGAGGAGAUCGAAGCGAGAGAAGUAGCAGACUCCUAUGCCAACAAUGCCCGGAUCAUCGAGAAGCAGCUGGAACGCAAAGGCAUGAAUAAGCGCAAGUUGAUUGAACAGGUUUCUCAAGGCGAUCAAGAUGUGAAGAAAAAACUGGUCAGGGGUACUCUUAUUGAUAAGUAAUGACAAAUCAAUGUGCUCUGCUUGCUGUGUGUACACCAGUCGCAUCUCUUGUAAAUAAAACAUUUUCCAGUG